GGAUGACUCAGCAAGAGUUGCAGGGUGGCCGAGGAGCUGGCGUUGACGUUCGCGUGCCUGGAGCCGGCCAGAGCUAGGAGCAACUUCCAUCAGCUUCGCCUCUCCCAACUACUUCCAACCAAGCAGCAAUCCACCCUCCCGCCUCGCCCUCUUUAGAACACCUCGGUUCUUCUUGCCAUCGUUGCCGUCUUCCAUCCUCGUCGUGUCAGCCGCCAACCUCGCCUCACAUACAUCCAGACCCGACAAGAUGGGUGACGUCUUGGUAGAAAACCCGGCGGGCCUGGCAUCCAUCAAAAAGCCGGCGCCGUCGACGAUACCGGCCAUCGAUAACUUCGAGGGGAUCGCCACGGACACCGGUGAUGACUACGCAGAUCUGAAGAAGCUGCAAAGGCAACUGGAGUACAUUCAGCUGCAGGAGGAGUACAUCAAGGAUGAGCAGCGAAGCCUCAAGCGGGAGCUCGUCCGCGCCCAGGAGGAGAUCAAGAGGAUCCAGAGUGUGCCCCUGGUCAUCGGCCAGUUCAUGGAGGCUAUCGACCAGAACACCGGCAUUGUCCAGUCAUCUACCGGCUCCAACUACGUCGUCCGCAUCCUCUCCACCCUCGACCGCGAGCUUCUGAAGCCCUCGUCAUCGGUCGCGCUACACAGGCACUCCAAUGCCCUCGUCGACAUCCUGCCGCCCGAGGCUGACUCCUCCAUCGCCAUGCUUGGCUCGGAUGAGAAGCCCGAUGUGACCUACGCAGACGUCGGUGGCCUGGACAUGCAGAAGCAGGAGAUCCGCGAGGCUGUGGAGCUUCCCCUGACACACUUCGACCUCUACAGGCAGAUUGGUAUCGACCCCCCUCGUGGUGUGCUGUUGUACGGCCCACCAGGAACAGGAAAGACAAUGUUGGUGAAGGCCGUGGCAAACAGCACAACCGCGAACUUCAUCCGCGUCGUGGGAUCCGAGUUUGUUCAGAAGUACCUAGGCGAGGGACCCAGGAUGGUCCGAGACGUGUUCCGGAUGGCGAGGGAAAACUCGCCCGCCAUCAUCUUCAUCGACGAAAUCGACGCCAUCGCCACCAAGCGAUUCGACGCCCAGACUGGUGCCGACCGUGAGGUGCAGCGUAUCCUGCUCGAGCUGCUGAACCAGAUGGAUGGUUUCGACCAGACCGCCAACGUCAAGGUCAUCAUGGCGACGAACCGUGCGGACACGCUCGACCCUGCGCUUCUGCGUCCUGGACGUCUGGACCGAAAGAUUGAGUUCCCCUCGCUUCGGGACCGCCGGGAGAGGCGACUGAUCUUCACGACCAUCGCAUCCAAGAUGAGUCUCGCGCCCGAGGUCGACCUUGACUCGUUGAUCGUGCGCAAUGACCCCUUGAGUGGCGCUAUCAUUGCCGCCAUCAUGCAGGAGGCUGGCCUGCGGGCCGUGAGGAAGAACAGGUACAACAUCAUCCAGAGCGAUCUGGAUGACGCGUACUCAAGCCAAGUCAAGGGCACGAGUGACGAGAACAAGUUUGAGUUCUACAAAUAAACGAACGGCCGUGGGAGCACUGGAGAUCACCGGGCAGGAUGGAAACUUGGUGCAUUGCAAUGGGUGGCAAUGGAAUAGACAGCUGGCAGGAGAUGUAUAAGGAUAGCACCCAGUGUUGGGACAUACCAACACGGCAUCUCCAAAUGUACAACAUGACGAUAUUAUUUGACGGCCUGCUUCGGGCUCCAGGUUCAACCCCAUAUCCACUUGUGUCGAUAAUUACCACAAUUGGAGAUCAACUCGCUACAAGCCCGUGUCAAGGCGCGGGACUGCCCCCCAACAUCCUUCAUUCCUGUGACUCUCCAUAUCCUCCGUGCUGCGCACCUGAGACACUAAUUGUCUGACACUGUGAUCGGUGCUCAGUAAGCGGAUACAAACCCACGGUGCGGGCUUGCUGGCAUAUGGCCUAGGCAAACGCAAAAAAGGAGUGGUCAUCCCAUGUCGCCCACUCCCCUAUACAAUGAGGCUUACAGCACCCAACCUGAUAUCCUGCUCGAAAACUGCAGAGGCAGC